AUGUUGUUAAGUAUAAAAAGUAUCUUAUGGAUGUAUUCUACAUUAGUUAUAACAUAUGUGCUACCCAAAGUUAAAGCAGAAAAAAAAACCCUGGUAAAGGGAUCUCUGUCUGGAACUUCAGUGCUGCCAUGCUUUUUCUCAACCACACCCACUAUAAGCUCCAGCUAUGCAGCUGAGUACCUUCGAAUCAAAUGGUCAAAGGUUGAACUGGAUAAAAGCGGAAAAGAUGGAAAAGAAACAACAGUCCUGGUGGCCCAAAAUGGCAACAUCAAAAUAGGUCAAAGCUACAAAGACAGAGUGUCUGUUCCAAAUAAUUCGGAGGAGACCGGUGAUGCUUCGCUGACUUUCUCUAAGCUGCGUGCAAGUGAUGCAGGAGUGUAUCGCUGUGAUGUCAUGUAUGGAGUUGAAGACACACAAAACAUUGUGUCAUUGGCUGUUGAGGGUGUUGUGUUUCAUUAUCGUGCAGCAACCAGCAGGUAUACUCUGAAUUUUACACAAGCUCAGCAGACUUGUCUGGACAAUGGUGCUGUCAUAGCAAGUCCAGAACAACUGAAAGCAGCCUAUGAAGAUGGAUUUGAGCAAUGUGAUGCCGGCUGGCUGUCUGACCAGACUGUUAGGUAUCCAAUUAGACAUCCAAGAAUUGGCUGCUUUGGAGAUAAAAUGGGAAAGAAAGGAGUCAGAACAUAUGGGCGCCGUUUUCCUAAUGAAACUUAUGAUGUGUACUGCUAUGUGGAGCACAUGGAAGAUGAAGUGGUUCAUGUCUCUGCCCCUGAGAAGUUCACCUUUGAGGAGGCUAAAGAGCUGUGUCGGCAGAGAGAUGGCGUUCUUGCUUCUGUUGGGAACAUGUAUGUCGCCUGGAGGAAUGGCUUUGACCAGUGUGACUAUGGCUGGCUGGCGGAUGGCAGCGUUCGUUACCCAGCCUCAGUGGCAAGGCCCCAGUGUGGUGGAGGUUUACUUGGGGUGAGAACCCUGUAUCGCUAUGAGAACCAAACAGGCUUUCCUUACCCAGAUAGCAAGUUUGAUGCCUACUGCUAUGAACGCCAAGAUCCUUGCAAAAGCAAUCCCUGUCUUAAUGGUGGUACCUGCUACCCACGUGGCUCAUUUUACAUCUGUACGUGUUUGCCAGGUUUCAGCGGCGAGCAGUGUGAAUUAGAUAUUGAUGAAUGCCAGUCAAACCCAUGCCGGAAUGGAGCCACGUGUAUAGACGGCCCCAAUACUUUCAUUUGCCUGUGUCUGCCAAGCUACGUAGGUGCUCUCUGUGAACAAGACACGGAGACGUGUGACUAUGGCUGGCACAAGUUCCAAGGACAGUGCUACAAAUACUUUGCCCAUCGGCGUACAUGGGACACAGCUGAAAGGGAAUGCCGCCUCCAGGGAGCACACUUGACAAGCAUCUUGUCCCAAGAGGAGCAGAUCUUUGUGAACCGUAUUGGUCAUGACUAUCAGUGGAUUGGCCUUAAUGACAAGAUGUUUGAGCGUGAUUUCCGCUGGACUGAUGGUAGCCCACUGCAAUAUGAGAACUGGCGACCAAACCAGCCAGACAGCUUCUUUUCUGCUGGAGAAGAUUGUGUUGUUAUCAUAUGGCAUGAGAACGGACAGUGGAAUGAUGUACCAUGCAAUUACCACCUUACCUAUACUUGCAAGAAAGGAACAGUUGCCUGUGGUCAGCCUCCUGUUGUGGAAAAUGCAAAGACCUUUGGGAAGAUGAAGCCUCGUUAUGAGAUCAACUCCCUUAUUAGAUAUCACUGCAAAGAUGGUUUCAUCCAGCGUCACAUUCCAACCAUCCGGUGCCAAGGGAAUGGAAGAUGGGAUAUGCCUAAAAUUACUUGCAUGAAUCCAUCCACAUACCAAAGGACUUACUCUAAGAAAUACUACUAUAAACACUCUUCGUCAGGAAAGGGGACAUCAUUAAAUUCAUCAAAACACUAUCAUCGCUGGAUCAGGACGUGGCAGGACUCAAGGCGCUGA